AGCAACAGUUUAACAGUUUAUCACAUCUUACAAAAUCAGUUCACUGUGUGUGAAAGAUCUACAUUAGCUCAUUUCAGGAAAACUGUGAGAGUGAAUAUGAAACUGCAUCUUAUCCUGUUUCUAAUUGAUAUAGUUUUCCUUUCUUCUUCAUUGUGUGCAGAAAACGAUUGCCCCAGCUUUUGCACAUUAGAGUACAGGCCAAUAUGUGCAACUGAUGGGAUAAAUCCCCCACGCCUAUUUAGUAAUCCCAGUCGGCUAAAGUCUUUCAGCUGUAUAAAUAAUGUUGAGUUGAAGGAAGUUGCAAGAACACACUGCCAGGAUGAAUUGUAACAAAAAAUAUAUUACUGAUAUCUAUCCACUGGCUGUUAUUUCAGAAGCUUGAUAGUAUUUGUACAUAAUUUCCAAAAUUUGUUUUUUGUUUCAAUAUAAAAAAAUUACACUUCAUUAAUAAAUAUUGCAUUUUUUAUGUAUGUCAUCAUAUAUCAA